GCCUCUGAACUUGAUGGGCUAUUUGGAGAUGAAAUAAUUAGACCAGAAACUCAGCGCAGCUCUGUGUGGAUGUGUACUGACACAGAAAUGUGUCAAAUCUGAAUUAAUUGGAAUUUAGUGCGUCAUCAUUUAAUCCCUUGAAUGCAACAAUUUUGCCGGACUUUUCUUCCAACUGCAGUUUUGUAGGUUUACUACAUCCUGUGUUCUUCACUGUGAGGACUGUCUUUUAGAUUACUUUAAUCUCAAUUAUAACGUCUAGAUUAUAGAACAGUGUCUCCUAAACUUCCGAUAUUUUCAAAGAUGACAAACUAUCUUGACACAAAUCAAUUGUGACACAAGCAAAUUUGUGCACAAUGUGGCGACUAAUUGAAUCAGAUGUUGAGUGAAUGAUUACAACUUCAUUUUAUUCAUGUUAUUUAAAACAUUUAGACGCCUAAAUCUUAAAUAAAAGGUUGGAAACAUUCUGUAAAUUUCUUUAGGGACCUCCCUAAAGAAAAUGUCCAAUGACGCAUCAGUGGGUCCCGACCCAGUGUUUGGGAACCACUGUUCUAGAGUGCUUUGUGUUGAUAUUAUCUCAAUCAAUCGAUUUGUUGUUUCUGCUCAUAAAAUGCAGAAUAUGGUGGGAAAGGUCGAUCAGUGCUAAAAUUAUAUAUAUAAAAUGAUCAAAAUACUUGAUUAAUAGUUUAGUAGUAAUAAAAUAAUGUAAUAAUGUUGGCCCUACACUAUACAUCAACAAUAUACCAUAUGUUGAAAUGAAAAAGGGGGUUGAUUUAAUUUAACAUGAAGGUUUUUACUUGAGAGACAUUAAUCUUUGAUGAUGAAAUAGUAGAAAAUCUGGUAGUAUUUCUUCUUUCAGGUUUGUGGAUUUGUGUUAUAAAGCACUUUGAGUAAAAUUAUUUGUUAUGAAUAGUUUAAUAAUUUUGUCAGCAGAAGUCGAGAAGUGUGUUUGUGAAUCCCUGACAUUGCUGUGAUUCUGGAGCUGUUGUGAAAAAGGCUCCUGUCUCUUUAAAUGUCCUGGCAGUAAUUCCUACAUCAUGCAUAUGGCCAUGAAAAAGAAAUAAAGCUUGAAGUCAGUCACACAAACACAGGCAGAGGAAAGAAGAAGAAGAAAAAAAACACUUCCCAGGAUUUUGAAUUAUAAAGCAGCAGCUUUCUGUGUUUUCCACCUGCAGAGUCUUUGUCACUCUUCUCUCCGUUGGUCUCAUCAUUCGCUUUUUCUACCAACUAAGGAUGCUGUUGCACGUCUUCUGUGUGGUUUGGUCUUCAUCUGUCAUUCUUCUGCAACACAGGUCUGUGCUCUGUAAGGAGAUGAAGUUCCCCGGCAGAGCAGCCAAACCUCCCUCUCCAUCUGACUUCCUGGACAAGCUGAUGGGACGCACAUCUGGCUACGACGCCCGCAUCAGACCAAACUUCAAAGGUCCUCCUGUCAAUGUCACCUGUAACAUCUUCAUCAACAGCUUUGGAUCCAUCACGGAAACAACAAUGGACUAUCGCCUCAAUAUAUUUCUGAGACAACAGUGGAAUGACCCUCGACUGGCCUAUAAGGAGUAUCCAGACGACUCUCUGGACCUGGACCCCUCCAUGCUGGACUCCAUCUGGAAACCCGACCUGUUCUUUGCAAACGAAAAGGGAGCAAACUUCCAUGAGGUCACGACGGACAACAAACUGCUUCGCAUAUUCCAGAAUGGAAAUGUCCUCUACAGCAUCAGGCUGACGCUCACUCUCUCCUGUCCCAUGGAUCUGAAAAACUUCCCCAUGGACAGUCAGACAUGUAUCAUGCAGCUGGAAAGCUUUGGAUACACCAUGAACGAUCUUAUUUUCGAAUGGUUGGACGUGGGAGCGGUGCAAGUGGCUGAUGAUCUGACUCUUCCUCAGUUUGUGCUGAAAGAGGACAAAGGCCUUGGCUACUGCACCAAACACUACAACACAGGUAAAUUCACAUGCAUUGAGGUCAAAUUCUACCUGGAACGUCAAAUGGGCUACUAUCUGAUCCAGAUGUACAUACCGAGCCUGCUCACGGUCAUCCUGUCCUGGGUGUCGUUCUGGAUCAACAUGGACGCAGCUCCGGCCAGAGUGGGAUUGGGCAUCACUACAGUGCUCACCAUGACAACACAGAGCUCUGGAUCCAGGGCAUCACUGCCAAAGGUGUCCUACGUGAAAGCCAUAGACAUCUGGAUGGCAGUUUGCCUUCUGUUCGUGUUUGCUGCGCUACUGGAAUAUGCCGCCGUUAAUUUUGUUUCACGCCAGCACAAGGAGUUCUUCAGACUGAGAAAAAAGCUUAAAGAGCGACAGCGACAGAGAACUCAGGGAAAUGGUGACAGUAAGAGUAAAGGAAACAACACAUCAGGCAACAGUGCUCCUCAUGGGAACGUCAGCCAGCAGUGCACUGUUUGCUCCCGGGAGGACGAGCUGGCACAGCAGGGUUUACUCUUCCAGAGUUAUGGACUCGCACUGUCAGCAGGAAACGUACCAGAGAUGGAUGCAACACCAGUGUUCGCCGAUUUACCUCCUGGUUUAGGUUUCUACGACAUACGAAGGCGCUUUGUGGAUCGGGCAAAACGGAUCGACACCAUCUCACGCGCACUUUUCCCCAUGAGUUUCCUCAUGUUUAAUGUUCUGUACUGGCUCACCUACAAAGUUCUCUGGCAUGAGGACCUUCAAGCUGCACUGUGACAACACAACAACAACCGAGGAGGACCGUAAAGCCACAGGAGACUUUUACUUCUGCUGCUUUCACUGAAACAUUUACAGGCUGAGAGGCCUCAGCUGAGGCAGAUGUGUUGUGACUGCAUGUCCAGUAUCACGGGGAAAUCCAGCAACAUGGAUGAGUCUUCCAGUUUAUUUCAAUUUUAAUACUCCCAAAGAAAUGCACUUUUGAGCAUUAUACAUUUUAUUCCAUUGUCCAGGCAGCAUAAAUAUCUUUUAUCUCAAACUGUUUUUUUAUAGACAUAGACAAAAGAAUCAAUUACACUCGUGUCUGUUGUGUUUGUCAUGCUAACUGUGCAGUAUGGGAAACACAGCAUAGAAAAAAAUACAGUAAAGGGAUAUUUCAGUGUUUUUUCUUUAUUCAUCAGUGGUUGAAUGAGGUAGUGACUUACAGUGCUUUGCUCUCAGCAUGUACCUAAGUCUUCUCACUUUCCCACACCAAAGCCCAUAGAGAAUCAUUUUUAACGUUUAAAGACACAGUAGCUGCUGGUCGAUAGCUGAGGGGAACGAGUGGUUCCCCUCAGCUUCACUCUCCGGGCAGAAAAGCCUGUCUAACAGUGUGAUCAAGUAGUGAACAUAUUCUGAAAAUAUAAUAAGCUUAAGCAAACGUAGAUCUUAUUCGGUGAACCUUUUGUAAGUAUCAAAAAUCUUUUUUUUCUCUCUCGGCUCCCUGCUGUAAACCCAAGCACACACACAUACUCACACAUGCUCGAAUAAGCAUGUCGUAUACUGGGGUGUGUAUAAAAAAUUAAACAACACUAGAACAACCCUGAACUACCCUUUUAAUUCAUACGUUUCAUUUCUUUGAAAAACUGCUCCUGCAGACUUAAAACAGUUUUAAUGACAGGAGUUUUAUGAUAUAAUAAUUGGACUACACUGUAAAGCCUCAAUAACAUCAGCGACAAUACUGGGAUAAAAUGUCACUCUAUCUUCAUGUAAUAGCAUGGUAUACACAAGUUCAAAUAUGGUGCUAUUUUUUUAUUUUAUCCAUCCAGUUCAAAUAUAAUAAUUUGACAGGAUUUCAAUAAUGAAAUAUGGUAUCAUUAGAUUAAACAUCUAAACGUUUAAGUUAAUUUGCAGACUAAUUGUCUUUCUCUGAGGCCAAAGGCAUCUACCAAGCACUUAAACGUAUUUGUUUUUCUCUAACACUUUUCUUAGUCACAGUUAUUUUUAGGUCUCACUCUAUUUUUAGCUGGCAAAUGUGCAAAAUCUGAAAUAACUGUCUCUCUUGCUGCUAUGACUCAAGUUCAGCAUCUUGUAUUUUAUUUUUGGUAUACACAACAUAUUGGUAGAUUAGCAUUUCUGUGUGCAUAUGAUUAUGCAUACGAGUCCAUCUCCUCUAGAGACCUAGAUUUGUUUUAAAAAUAAAUCUCCUCAUAAAAUGAAGCUGUCAUAUUAAUAUUUAAUGUAAAUGGUAGCUGUCAUAUGCACAUACAGUAAGAAGAGCAGGGCAACAAGACAUUGUACAAUGCACUCCAAGUCUGAGAUAGGCACUAUUUUUUUAAUCAAAAUAAUGUCAGAUUUCUAUAUAUAAAUCAAUGAAAUUACCACGCAUGAUAAAAUACAACAUUUAACAUUUGUUCUGAUACAUUAAUGCUUAUUUUCCCAUUCACUGGAAUGGGUCAGACAGAACUUAGCCCUCACCAGAGACAGAAACUCAAGAACAUCAUCCAGGUUCAACUGUGUUACAUUUUUCCAACACCUGUGUUUUAGGUAAACAUGUCAGCUGACCCCGUCUCAGUCUGCAGUAAAAUGACUUUCGUCUUUUGCCACAAGAGGGAGCUUUUUCUUCUUGUAUGUGCCCUGUGAACAAUACUGCACCCUGCACCACAGUAUGUCACACUUGCCUAUGUAUAGUUGACAUUAUGGAGUGCAGUAUAUUUUUUCUCAGUCUGGGGUAAGGAUCACACGCUACUUGUUACAUGUACAACUAUGAAAUGUUCCCACAUUGCUGUCCCCUCCCUCUGGAACUCACUCCCAAACACAUGUGUGACUGCACUGACCUCACCACAUUUAGAACUCAUCAAAAGUCACCUCUUCAGAACUGCUUUCUAUUCAUGACAGCUCCUUAACUUAAUUGUGUGAAUUUUUAAUUGAGUUUAUAUUGGACACAUUUCAAUUAUGUAAUGUAUUGCCUAUGCUUGUUUAUUACCUUUUCAUGUAUGUAAAGCAUCUUUGAGCAGCCUUUAAAGGUGUUAUAUAAAUAAAAAAGAAAUAUUAUUAUAUUAUUACCUACUCACACCAGAUUUAAAAGUACAUCUAAUUAAAGAAAACUGCAAAUGUCAGCCUACACUAUUACUAUCGCACACAAUGUUGUUUAACACGUGGGACCAAGUGUUUAUAUAGAGCUACCGAUAGGAGGAACAUGGGCCACAAAGCUGUUUCCGCUGAGGAGAAUUAAGUGUUUUUUUUUUAACCUAUGCAGUGUUUUGAGUAAUUGGUGGUUAGGGUUAGGAGUGUGUGUGACAUUUAUUGUUUUUAUACAUAUCAGACCUGCAUUCUUAGGUUGAACGCGGCUGGUAGUCGGCAGUAAAGUAAAUUGGCGCACCAGGUAUUUUAGCAUUAAAUGAUGUCA